AGUCGUUCUGGGUCAUCUUGCGAGUACUACAGACAUAUCGCUCUUCUGAACCAGACACAGCACGAGUCACGUUAUCAAACCAUACGAAACGCAGAAUAUAUCAAGAAUGGCAGUCCACGGAAACCUCUCACACGCCAUGCGCGAUAAUUACAACGAACAUGGAGUGGACGAGUACUAUCGAAAAGUAGCAGCUUCGUACCGAAAUCCGUUCUUCCCUGGCAUCAAGAAGGUGGUAUGGACAUUCAUGAACAAGUGGUGGGAAGCGGAAGGAAGAGAACUCUUCGAGGAGCAGUCAGUGGAAGCGAAGAAAGGCUUGAAAAUACUGGAUAUGGCUGCUGGAAGCGGAGAAGCCACUAUUUGCCUGCUCGACUGGGCCAAAUCCCCAUCGCCUUCUCCGGCAUCGCCAGUAACACCUCAAACACCCGCAGAUCCUCUCGCCUUCCUCCGCUCCAACCCUGCAGCCUCCUCCUCUAGUAGACCAGCAUUCGUCCCGCCCUCGCGCAAGCCUGUCGCGCCCCCUCAGAGAGCUUCUGCGAGCUCGUCAGGUGCUGGAAGAAAGGUGUUUGGGAACGCGAUACCUCCAACACUACCUGAGGGUUUUGAGAUUGACAUUAUGGCCACGGAUCCUUACACCUCACCAGCUUACUCAGAUCGCACAUCUCGCCCUUGCCACCCCCUAUCAUUCACCGACCUUGCACAAGGCCAACUACCUCCCUCUGCCUCUGAAACAGUCGAGCCACACGGGAAUGAACCGAUAUGGGACAUCGUCAUCUGUUCUUUCGCCUUGCACCUUGUCACUGACCCUUCGGAGCUAUUUGCACUUCUGUACGAACUCAGUGGGAAGGCGAGGUGGCUGGUCAUUGUAGCGCCGCAUAAGAAGCCUGAGGUGUGCUGCCAACUGGAGGUCCAAAGCUUAUACUAAUCGUGUUGCAGAUCAAAGAGACGUGGGGAUGGUCAAGAUGGGAUAUCGCCUCCUGGAGUGCGGCUGGUAAUGAAAAGUUGUACGCGGGAAAGAAGAGCAAAAGCGAAGAAGAUGAUGAGGAAGAGACGGCGCUCGAGAUUGUUCGUGACAAGACCAGGUUGAGGGUCUAUCGUAGCAACGCCUUCUGAUCUUCGAGAGGCAACCAGACCUGGACAUCGUAUGCAUCUGACAGGCAAUACGGUCUUCACGACUCUCUGUGCAAGUUUUCCUUUGACCUUGCUGCUUCCCGCUCGCCCUCCAUGGGCUCUGAAUACCAGAACCAAGAUAGCGAGCCUCACCUUCUGCAGCUAUCUCAAGCCAUGACAGCCAUCACGAGGAUGUUGAGACACGUUGGGUGUACUGUA